UGUCAAAGUCAAAUAAUCAUAAUAAACAAUGAGCACAACUUUAUUUUUGUAGAAAUAGAAAUACAAAAAUAUCGUGUACAAUGGAGAAUACGUGUCAUUCUGGUGCUAUUUCUCAAACCGAGGUGACAGUAAACAAGCCAGUGAAAGUUAUACAUUGUAGAGAUGGAGUGGUAGAGGAAAUCGAAGAAGAUAAUGUUGAGGAACUACAAAGUGCGCCGAAAUCUGAAGAAACUAUAGAUCCAAAAUCUUUGUCGUGGGGACCAUGGUUUGCUCACUAUGCUUGGAGGUCAGGAACCAAAGCACUAAAUGCUGUUGACUAUGCAGGAGAAUCUUUGGCCAAUUUCUUUGGGAUCACAACCCCUAAAUAUCAAAUAGAAAUAGAUGAACAUGAAAGGUUACAAGAAGAAAAGAGAAAAAUGGAAGAGGAGUCAGCAGGAUGGGUUCCAAAGAAUGGUGGUGGGGACAUACCAUUAGUAAUGAAUGAACCUGUAAAAGAUCCAAAUAACCCUACAAAUGUGUAACUCUUUACGAAUUUGACAUGACAGAAAAAGCUAUUUAUUUAUGUUUUUAAAGACUAAAAACUACUUACUACUUUGUAUUUUAAUUAAUAAGGAAAAAAUAUGCUUUUAUUUAUAGUAGAAUUUAGUAGUGAGUAUUAAACACAAUUUAUUUUUGUUGUA